CAAUAAUUGAUAUAAGCCAAAGGCCAAUACGCAAACAAACAGCUUGAGAAAUAGCACUGCUUAAAGUUGAUCAUUGUGCGGUUUUAUUGAGUUGUAAAGAUACUGUUGAUGUUAGUAUGAGUUACAUCGGUUGUCUCGUAUCUCUCAACUGUGGGGAUGUACUUGGAACAUACCAGGGACAAGUGCUGAAAGUUGAUAAUUCAUCUCAGUCUCUCACCCUGCGUAAGCCAUUCAGAAAUGGUGUGCAGUGUGAAUUCCCGGAAGUAACCAUCAGUGCUUGUGACAUAAAGGAACUUGCUAUUGUCAAGUCUGCCGAUGAAGCACAGAAAGUUUUGCCAAAGAAUGCAACGCCAUCAAAAUUGUCAAAGCAGGCUGCAGAAUCUUAUGACAUAGCAGCCUCUCCUGGGAGAAUAGCAGAGCCACGAAAUGAUACAAGUGCAAACUCUAGUAGUCACUCUGUUCAUUUACAUGACAAUGGGUACCACUCGCUGUCAAGUUCAAGCCUGACUGAUAGAUCAUGUCGUGACAACAAUGGUACUUAUUGUAUGGACAAGGGGGCGAGCAAUGGGCAUGCUAGCCCAUUGAAUCCGGCCUCUACUCGAGAAAGGAAAGGAUCUUUGAAUGGAUAUGGUUAUAGAAAUAAUAAUCACAGGUAUACCUCAGAGGACCCUGUGCAGUACAUUAAUAGGUACACACCCACCAAGGAGGACAGCUUUAGAGGGCGUGUCAAUUCAGACACAGAAGGCUCGAGUCCCCAGAAGACCAGUGUCCCAAGAAAGAUUGAGUUCAAAAAAAGACCAAACAGUAGGCAGGACUGCUUCAGUGCUCCAGUUGAUAACAUUUUGGACGAUUUUGAUUUUGAGAAAAAUCUAAAAUUGUUUGAUAAAAAGGCUGUUUAUGAAGAGAUUGAAAGCAGUAACCCAGAUUUGGUGCAUAUUACCGAUAAGAAAACUGAUAAGUAUCGCCAUGAUGAAAAUAUAUUGCAAUCAAAACCAGUGACUUUUACCCAGAUUCAAGUUCCCAGGGAUUGUGGAGUACACUACACAACAGACUCAGGCUUAAUUGUUCCUAGCAUAGACUAUGAAUUGCUUGAUAAACUGUAUGACUCUGCUGAGGCGUAUGGAUACUCGUUAGACCGACGUCUGGAAAUGGUCGGCCGCUCCUCAAGUGAAAUGGUGCUGCAGUUGCUGGGAGGAAGUAGCAGACUGAACCCCCAGAACGGUCACCAGCUGCCUACAGUGCUUGUGCUGUGUGGGCCCCAUGUACAGGGUGCCCAGGGCCUAGCCUGUGCACGCCACCUCCUGAACCAUGGCGUGCGCACCUUUGUGUUCCUACCAAACUUUCUACGCAUGAUCCCGUGCGUGGAGCUAGAGCUACGCCUUUAUGAGAUGUGCAGUGGAAAGCGAUAUAGCAUGGAUAAAGAUAUCCCUACUUGUUCAAUUGACAUGAUCAUCAACUGCAUGGACAGCCAUGAAAACUCCUUUCUGAAAGACCAAGCCUGGUACCAGACCCAUGUGAGGUGGAUCGGGCAGAGCAGGGCACCAGUCUUCACCAUUGAUCCUCCAAUAGAAACGGUGGACAUUGUUCCAAAGUGGUGUUUGUAUCCUGUGCUCCCAUUGGCUAGAAUUGACAACACCUCUCAGGUGUAUCUUUGUGACCUUGGCUUGCCCAAAAAUGUGUUCAAAAGUGCUGGUAUCAAAUACCGAUCACCAUUCGGUCACAAGUUCAUUAUUCCUUUGCAUAGACAAACCUAAAACUGAUAUGUCACAAGAACAAGAACACUUAACUGAAGGUAAAUUGUUCAUAUGCAUAGAAUAUUUUGGUGGUCGCAAAAAGACAGAUAGCGUAAAGCUGAUAGGCCUUUAAAUAGCCUGCAGAAUGUCAUGUUUAGGAAAUUAUAUUUAGAGUAUGUCAUGCAAUUCAAAUAAUGUUGAAAGAUAAUUCUUAAUAGUGUAUUACAGUACACGUUUUGUGCAUUUUAUUUGUUUUGAUAAAUUCAUUUUUUCGUAGCUAUGUUGAAUAUUUUAAUCAUAAACUAGAUCCAACACAUGUAAUAGCAUGGAAGCAGAUCUUUGCUUUAAACAAAUAUGUCUAGUUAUUUAAAUCCCUUGUAUGAAGUGUCGUAAAUCAUAUGAAUCGAUUUUAGAGAAGUAUCAAACUUGAGAUUUUGAAAGGGUUUAUUUGCAAUCUAUUGUAUUGUUUUGCAGACUAACACAACAAUAUGUCUGUAGAUAAAAAGCAUGAUGCAAAUUAAUGAUUUAUUCUUGGUGUAUCUAUACUUAAUUAUAGAUUUUAAGUUGUUCCAAUUAGAUCUGUCUUAAUUUUUAGCUCCACUGGCCAGAGGCCAGCGGGCCUUAUGUCAUGGUCCUAUGUCUGUUGUGCGUGCGUGCGUCCGUCCGUGCGUGUGCCCGUGUGUGCGUGCGUUAACUUUUUCUUUAAACAUCUUCUUCUCCUAAACUUACAAGUCCAAUUCCGAUUAAAACUAUCUCAAAAUGCCCCUGGGGUCAAAUUUGUCCCCGCCCCGGGGUCAAUAAAUUGAACAUAUGCAUAUAUAAAGCCUAUUUUGUGCAAACUUUAAAAAUAUUCUUGUCGAUAACCAUUGGGCCUAGUGCUACCACAUUUGGUAUGUAGUGACAUUUAAUAGUUCUCUACUAUGUUUGUUCAAAUUAUGCCCCCGGGGUCAAAUUUGACCCUUCCCCGGGGGUCACAAAAAUGAACAUAUGCUUAUAUAAAGCCUCUUUUGUGCAAACUUAAAAAACUUUCUGCCCAUAACUGUGGGGCCUAGGGCUACCAAAUUUGGUAUGUAGUGACAUCUUAUAGUUCUCUACCAAGUUUGUUCAAAUUAUGCCCCUGGGGCCAAAUUUAUCCCUUGAAGUGUCCCAUUAAAAGUUGUUCAAGAAAAUUUGAUUGGUCAAAAAACAUGGCCACAGGAAGUCGUUGAACUUUGCAUGUUUAUGCAUUUUUGCUAUUUAUUCAUUAUGGGAUGAAUAAACUAUUUUCUUCUCAUACUAAAAGUUUAUCAAAAUACACUUGGAAAAACUUUUUAAUUAUAAGAGAUAAUGCAUACAUGUCGAGCAUGAAAGGUAGACCAACAUGUUAACAAUCCAUAAAUGUUAACUCUUUACCAAACAACACAUUUUAGACUGCCCCAAAUUAAAAGAGAUUGCAGAUGAGAAAUAAUAUUGUAAAGACUAUUUAGGUGAUCUUCGUCAUAAGGUAUUUUGCAUAUGUCAUGAAACUAUAUAAGUAACAGAAACUUUGAAACCCACAAACACUUUUUGGAAUUUUUGAAAAAGAUUCAUGAUGGAAUGUAGGACUUUUCAUUAAUCUUGUAGAACAUGCGUAGAUUUGAUCUUCAGCAUCUAACAAUAUGUGAAAUAGAAAGAACGACAAUAUCUUUUGGAGAGAUAAAUGUACCUACGUUGUAAGCAAAGGACCUGUGCGACAAUACCCGGGCUUUUUAGUCUGUUUAGUUUACACCGUAGUAGCGUUUUCCAUAUAUAAAAAUGCUUGACCUUCCAACUUUAAGCGCCCAGUGGGACGAGGGAUAGAAAGAGAAAGUCACAUAUGCUCGAGUACAUUUCAACCCAUGUGCAUUGCACGCUUUUUUCACAUAAAAAAAACAGUGGAGCGAUUACAGGGCCAUCAUGGCCCUCUUGUUUUAAAAAUGGAGAAAAAACAUGACUAAUCUGAACAAGAUGAUAUAUUGCCGUUUUGCAUACGUCAUAAGGUGGCAACGAUUUGCUCAUUGUAACCAUAGAGGCCACAGUUUUGCUUUAAUAUUGGGGAAACUUGGUCAGAAUAUUAAUGACAAUGUGGUGGCCAAGUUUAAAUUGGUAUGGUAGGGUCAAAAACUAGGUAACCAGAUAAAUUAAUAUUAAAUCCUUAUUACCUUACAAGCCUUAUUUAUGAUUAUAUCUUUAUUAAACUUGGUCAGACUGUCAAUGAAUACAAUAGCUUGGCCAAGCUCAAAGUAACUUCAUAUGGAGUCAAAAACUGGGUAAAUUGGUAAAAUGUUAUAAAUGCCACAUGUGUGUCCUUAUUGUGAGGAAACUUGAUUUGAAUAUUUGUCUUGACAAUAUAUAUGUCACGAUUAAACCUUGGUCCAAAGGUUUUAUUAUAGAAAAAGCUUGGUAAAACUAUUGAAGCCAUGUGUAUUGCCCAAUCUUCUUAAACAUUCUGAAUAUUUGUUGUGAGGAUUUCUCUGCCAAGUUGGAUAUGGUUGCCAUGAUUCUGGGCAGUUUUUCGUUAUCUGGCCAUAGUAAAACUUUUUUUUUUAACUUUCUAGAAAUCACAAUUUGUAACUCUUCAUGAAACUUCAAAAACAUGGCAGCCAUGUGUUGAGGGAGUAUUAUUGUGAGCCCAAGUGAACACUACUGGCUCAGAACAGUUAAGUUCUUAGGGGUCUAAGGUUAGCGCCCAAGUGCCUUGGGCCUUCUUGUAUUUUAUGUGAAGUUAUUAUCAGGUGAAACAUGUGACUUUGUAUUUGAUAUCUCAUUAGACCAUGUUUAUAUACACAAACAUGAAUCUGUUCAAGAAAUAAUUGUGGUAAAGAUAUGAUGAUUCAUCUUGUUUUAAUUUUCUUUAGAGAUUUUUAGCUCGGCUGUUUUAGGAGAAAACCCAAGAUAUUGUCAUAGCCAGCUCAUUGUCCGGCGUCUGCCGCCCACCUUGCUAAAACCUUAACAUUGGCUCUAAAAUCACAGUGCUUCCACCUACAACUUUGAAACUUCAUAUGUAUAUGCACCUUGAUGAGUUCUACAUGCCACACUCAUUUUUGGGUCACUAGGUCAAAGGUCAAGGUCACUGUUACCUCUUAAAAAAUCUGACAAGCUUUUAUUUAUUCAAAAUUGCACCCGCAGCCGAGGGUUGGCACCCGUUAUGCGGUGCUCUUGUUUAAAUUGUAUUUUAAGCAUGUCUUUAUGUAAAAGUAUUGUUGUAUACAAGCAGAGAUAGAUUUAUUGUGCAUAUGAUGAAACUCAUGAAAUCUGAGCUUUUCACAUGUAUAGUGCAUAAAGUGUGGUAAACAUUUGCUUUCUUGAUUUUUAUUUGAUAAUUUGUGCUGUGUGUUAUAUCCUUCACACAAUCAUAAUUAAUAUAAAUGUUUUCAUGAAUAGAAUAAGCCAAAAUGAUGAUUUUAAGAUCUUGUUCAUGUUCAACAAUGACAUUUGUGGGGGAAUUUGCCAAACAGCACAUUGACCAUCAAAAUCCUAUGUCAUAUGGGUGUGAUAUUUUAUGAAAUGCAGGUUUUGUGGCAGAAAAGCUAAGGACCAUUGACAUGUAGAAGAUGUGAUAUUCCGUUCAUCAAUUGAGCAGCUCUCUAUGAAAACUGGGUGUAAUUCAUGUGCGUAAAAGUGUCGUCCUAUAUCAGCCUGUGGAGUAUGCACAGGCUAAUCAGGGACAACACUUAGGGUUUUAUGGAAGUUUUCAUUGAAAGGAAGUCCAUUCUAAAUGAAAACGUAAAGCCAAAAAAUUAUCCUUGAUUAGUUUGUUCAAACUGCACAGGCCAAUCUGGGAUGACACAUUUAUUAAGCCCAGUUCUACCAGAGGACAGCUCAAUGUUUUUGUUAACAAGUCAGCCUGUGUUUACAUCGUAGUUCAUAUAUCUGUGAUACAUGAAAUUGUCUGGUUUUAAAGCAGGUGUACAUGUAUUUUCAUAUUGUCUUUUAACUUGUGCUAAUUGUAAAUGGGCAUUUUAACAUUGUUUUUAUGUCAAAUACAUGGAGUAAUAGGCUUGUUUUGAGUGAAAGAUAUUUUAUUGUUCUUUAAGUAUUUUCGUAUUUUUUUUAAAGUUUGAAUCAUUGUAUAAACAAAAGUACAUGUAUUUUAAGGUGCUUAGUUAGAAAAGCGAUGUCUUUGAGUUUUGAUAAUUAAAAUGAGAAAAUUUGACAUAUGAAAGGCUGUUAAAAAAAGAAGUCUACAUUAUAAUAUGUUUAUAUUCAAUUUUUAAAUUUUAACUUUUUAUCCUUUUGACUGCACGAGCAUAAUGUGUAUAAUUUGAGUCAUUCUUUAACGACCUUUAAGAUUGGCAAGCAGUUAAACAGAUGGUGGAAUCGUGGUUGUACUAAACCAUAAUACUUGCUGUGAUGAUGGUGGAAUCAAAGGAGAAAUUCUAAUGGGGUGGGAUUAUUGCACCUUGCAGCUUAUUUCACUCUGUUUAUUUCCCUUGGAUGGUUUACCAAUAGUUCUAAACUGGACUACUUGUAGAUCCGUUUAUUUAACCCUUUCCCACUCAGAAGCAAAGUGAAAAUGGCUUUUGCAACCUGCAUAAAACCAGAACAGCCAGCGAUUAACUCGCAGUCUGUUCAGGUCUUAUGCUGUUUGCUGCUCAUCAGUAUCUAAGGGUCGGAAAUAAAGCCUUUAAAACUGUAAUAAAGAAAGAAAGGUCUUUAAAUAGAACUUUCUGAGGGACUACAAAUGCGUAAAAAUAUGUAUCUAAGUGGUAAAGAGUUAAAAGUGAAGAUUCUGUUGAGUUCAGAGUAAGGUGUGUGUGUGGGGGGGGUAUUUUCUUCCACAUAGACAUGAUCAAAAUCACAACCCUGGUUCUCAGAAAGACCACCUGAUUUGGUUUAAUAAAGGUUAGAUUUGAUAGCUUGAGCCUAUUCCAAUAUUUUGAGUACUUAGGGAUAUAGUACAUGCUCAAUUUUCAUCCUCAAUAUGUAGUACAGUCAUGUGACCCUGAAACAUGAUAACGCCUUUUGCAAAAAGUAUGUUGAAAUUAUAUGCUGAACCAUUCCCAUCUUAUUCGUAAAGAAUUAUUAUUUGUGUCUUUAAAUUGACUACUGACAUUUAUUUAAAUAUUAUCUAUUCAUUCAAUUAAUAUUUUGCAAUGAUUCCUUUUUGUCCCCUACCGGUUUCACCGGAGGGGACUUAUGGUUUGCGCUCUGUGUGUCUGUCUGUGAGUCAGUCACACUUUUCUGGAUCCUGCGAUAACUUUAAAAGUUCUUCAUAUAUUUUCAUGAAACUUGAAACAUGGAUAGAUGGCAUUAUGCAAGUUAUUUCAUUUUCUUUCUACGUCAAAAAUUCUGGUUGCUAUGGCAACAAAUAUAUAUAUAAAUUCUGACAAUGGUGGAGCCGGUAGUGGACAUAUAUUGCUUGGCAAUAGUCUUGUUUAUAUGUGCUUUCAAUGUUUUGUAUAAAUACUGUUUUCUCUUAUGUUAAAUGGAAGUGUUAUAACUAUUGAAGGGUUCAUAAUUAUUAUGUAUCCCAAGUUUGGCAUAGUGUUAACAAGAUUGGGAAAACUGGUGUUCAACAUAAAAGAUACAAGCAUAUAUUGUAGUAAUUUGUUUAUUUUAUGUGAAUGCACAGGGGGGCGGGGGGAUUAAUGUGGCCUUCCAUCAUAUAAUUUGGUAUGCAGUUUCUGAUGAUAAUAGAGAGAUGCCUAUCUACUUUUAGAUCAACAGGUCCUAUGUCAGUGAAUGGCUUGUUACAUCAAAACCAUUUUAUGCUUGAAUCAUUUUGUUUUCCCCUUCUUAAGAUGGUUAUGGCUAACAAUAUUGCAAUUAAAUGCGUAUCUAAGUGCUAAAGGUUUUAAUGCAUAUUUAAGUGGAAAAGGGUUAAAUACGUAUCUAAGUGGGAAAGGGUUAAGUAUGCUGGUUACUAGGGUAGAAAAGGUAAGACGCCUAUUUAAAUCACCCUGUCAAAGGUCAAGGUCACAUGGGACUGUAACAUCAAAAUUGUUUCCAUACAAAAUCUAGGCCAGGCUUUAACAUAAGAUCAUAUACAAUAUAAACUGUGUUAGUAUAGGAAGGGAGACUCUUAUCAAUUUUGAAAUAAAUGUUCAUGAGCUUGCAAUAAUAACAAUUGAUCAGAUUAUGAUUGGACUUCAAGUUGGGGGCAUGCAUGUUGUACAAACAUUUUUGUUAAUAUUUUGGUUGGUGAUUGUUACAAUUAUGGUUAUAAAAAAUGUUUUAGAUGUUGGCAAGAGGGUGUUGAAACAUCAAUUCUUAGUGUACAAAUAACCUUUGUUCCGAUUUCUAGAAUAUCCAAACAUACUUCUUGAUAUUUCAAGUAUAGUUUUGUUAAAUGAUAGAACAAACAAUUGCAAUUCUAUCAAGCAACACCCUCUUGAUCUUUCUUUAUUUUCUGUAUUUUGAAUCUACAAUAUUUUAUUUAUAUUUUUACGUAAAACAAUUUUAAAGCAAUUCAGUUUUAUUGAAACACAAAUGAAGACCAUAGUGUUAUUGAAAAUAAACAAAAUAAAAUGA